AGGUAGACCUAACUUACCUACCUACUCAUCAAUCACGGUGUUCAGCUGACUUGCACUGAUAGACCUUUAUUGUAUUGGAAUUAGGCGCUCAUCUUUUUACUGUUGUCAACUAAUCUUUUCAAUGUUCGAUUUUGCUCUAUGUUAGAACAUUUCUGUGAAUGCUAUUCUAAUCUAAGUGGUCUUAUUCUGUGUCCCGUGCUAGGAAGCAUUACUCUUCUUUUCAUUCCAAAUUCAAGAAUACGAUCGAUACGAUUGAUUGGUCUGUGCGCUUCUCUUAUUACUUUUUUGUAUUCUCCUGUUCUUCGGAUACAAUUUGAUCCUUCUACGGCCAAAUCUCAAUUUGUGGAAAGCCUUCGAUGGCUUCCUUAUGAAAACAUAAAUUUUUAUUUGGGUAUAGAUGGUAUCUCUUUAUUCUUCGUGAUAUUGACCACAUUUUUGAUCCCUAUUUGCAUUUUAGUGGGUUGGUCUGGUAUGAGAAGUUAUGGGAAAGAGUAUAUUACAGCAUCUCUAAUUCGUGAAUUUCUAAUGAUCGCCGUGUUCUGCAUGCUGGAUCUUCUACUAUUCUAUGUUCUUUCCGAAAGCGUGCCAAUCCCUAUGUUCAUUAUUAUAGGGGUAUGGGGUUCGAGACAAAGAAAGAUCAAGGCAGCAUAUCAGUUUUUCCUUUAUACUUUACUUGGAUCCGUUUUUAUGCUAUUAGCUAUUCUCUUGAUUCUUCUCCAAACAGGAACCACCGAUUUACAAAUCUUAUUAACCACAGAAUUUAGUGAGCGGCGCCAAAUCUUUUUAUGGAUUGCUUUUUUCGCCUCUUUCGCUGUCAAAGUUCCUAUGGUACCAGUUCAUAUUUGGUUACCCGAAGCUCAUGUAGAGGCACCCACGGCAGGAUCCGUUAUCUUGGCAGGAAUUCUUUUAAAAUUGGGAACUUACGGGUUUUUAAGAUUUUCAAUACCCAUGUUUCCUGAAGCGACACUUUGUUUCACUCCUUUCAUUUAUACUCUAAGCGCGAUUGCUAUAAUAUAUACUUCCUUGACCACUUUAAGACAGAUCGAUCUUAAGAAGAUCAUUGCUUACUCCUCAGUAGCCCAUAUGAAUUUUGUGACUAUUGGUAUGUUUAGUCUGAACAUACAGGGAAUUGGAGGUAGCAUUCUACCGAUGUUAAGUCAUGGACUGGUUUCUUCAGCCCUUUUUCUAUGUGUUGGUGUUCUAUAUGACCGACAUAAGACUCGACUUGUUAGAUAUUACGGAGGUUUAGUGAGCACCAUGCCGAAUUUCUCUACCAUUUUCUUCUUUUUCACUUUAGCCAAUAUGAGUUUACCUGGUACUAGCAGCUUUAUCGGGGAAUUUCUCAUCUUAGUAGGAGCUUUCCAAAGAAAUAGUUUAGUAGCCACAUUAGCAGCGCUUGGGAUGAUUUUAGGCGCGGCCUAUUCCCUUUGGCUAUAUAAUCGUGUGGUUUCUGGAAAUUUAAAACCCGACUUCCUCCAUAAAUUCUCCGAUCCAAACGGCAGAGAAGUUUUCAUAUUUAUACCCUUUCUUGUUGGACUUGUUUGGAUGGGUGUUCACCCCAAAGUGUUCCCGGACCGCAUGCAUACAUCCAUAAGUAACUUAGUGCAACAUGGAAAAUUUCAUUGAGAGGAAUCAGCAAAAAAAAGAAAAAAAAGAGGUAAAUAAAAAGAAAAAGAAAGGAGAAAUGGAAAAGAGAAGAUGCUCGAAGAGAUAUUACAUUAACUGAGUGCCAUUUGAUGAGUAACUGAGACCAAAGCCGGGCUCGACAAAAUAGAAAGUUUCACGGUACGUCGCCCACGGGAUUUGGGAAGUGCCUUUGCUCCCUUUCCCAACCGUUGACCUUGACCGUCAACUCGUAGACGAGGCUUUGACGCGAAUUUAAAAGGGAUUCUCGGUUGUCUGAAAUGUAAUCAAGAAUUUCAUUGAUUUGACUUCGCAAGUGAUCUACAGUUGGUGCUUCCGGUUCCCUGACCUCGGUGGGUUGACCAGGUUUUUUACCUUGCGGCAGGUGCCCCGGGGUUCGGUCGGUCGAUGGUGCAGCGGAGGCAUUUCCCAAGAUAAAUUUUAGUUUUUGUUUUAUUAUGUAGUAUUCUUGCUUUUAUAAUUCUCUUUAUUAUCUUCAUUUCAUUAAUAUUUUGCUUCUACCGUUAUUCAAAAGGCUUUAAUACCCAAUAUUACAUUAUUAAUAUGAUUCACGCUCACAAUCAGAGUACCUCACUGCCUUUUCUUUAUGAAAUUAAAGUUGGGCACAAGGGCACUGUCCUUAAGAUCAUUUUACCACCCGACAACAACCGUCCACACUGCUGAGAAACCACCAAAAUCGAAAAAAGUUGAUUCACUAACGGGAGUUUUUCAAUGUUAAAAUGAUGGGUAAUUUUGUGAAGAUAGCAUUUAGGGUACUUUCAUGAACUGGUAAAAAAUUACCUCGAACUACAUGAAGUCUGAUGCCCACUCCGGGCUAUGUAGGCUGUGGCCGUCCAAGGGCUGCUCGACUGAAGUGGUAAAAUAA